AUGUGCGGAUUCGGUUCGUAUGCGAAUUCGAAUGCAGAUUCCCAAGCUAUGUCCAAUUCCCAGGGUGAUCUUGUUUUCCAAGUCGGUUCCGAUUUUAAGGGAUAUUUCGAGGUCUGGGGAGAUUCCGAUUUCACCUCUGGUUCCAGUAUCACCACCGUUCUCAACUUGGAGCUGUAUCUGGGAAUCGCGUUGUACUUUGACAAAUUCAGGGGAGAAUACAGCUUGAAGAUUGCUGCAGAUGGAAAGGGAGCGGGGCGCCCGUGA